CCUUAAAAGACGCCAUCGCUCUUGUAUGCAACCUAGAGGCUAGGUGAUCGCCACAGACGAUAGAGCCCACCUUUAGACAGCCCGAACCAAUCACAAACCGGCCAUUUCCAUUCAAAGGCCUCACUUUACUAAUAUACUAAUGUACUAAUAGUAGGUUAAGUACUUUUAUCUUUUCCAAGACAAAACCUACGUAUUCCUCUCCAUCGCCAAUCCGGUCUCUCCACUCCCUCCGCUCAAUUGAGCAACCAAAAACCCUUCCAAGAUGCUGUCAAGGACCACCGCGCCGUCGGCAGCUUCCGCGAAGGCUUUAUCGCGUGUCGCCCUACCGUCCUGUUCGAGAUUAUCAUCACAACAGUCCCCCUCCCAACAGAACCGAAGUUUCGCGACAGUCCAGGAUGGAACACCGAAACGAACUUAUGGCGGCCUUAGGGACCAAGACCGCAUAUUCCAGAACCUCUACGGCCGCUACCCCGCCGACCUGAAGUCCGCUAAGAAGAUGGGAGACUGGCACAAGACGAAAGAGAUUAUUCUGAAGGGUCACGACUGGAUUAUCAGCGAGAUUAAGGCUUCGGGCUUGCGAGGUAGAGGAGGAGCUGGUUUCCCUUCUGGCUUAAAAUGGUCGUUCAUGAACUUCAAGGAUUGGGAUAAGGACACGAAACCCCGAUACUUAGUCGUCAACGCCGAUGAAGGAGAGCCCGGUACCUGCAAAGACCGAGAGAUUAUGCGAAAGGACCCCCACAAACUUAUUGAAGGAUGUCUAGUCGCUGGCCGAGCUAUGAAUGCUACUGCUGCUUAUAUUUAUAUUCGCGGAGAGUUUAUCCUUGAGGCCGCCGUGCUACAACGGGCAAUCAACGAAGCUUACGCCGAUGGUCUAAUUGGUAAAAACGCCUGCGGAUCCGGAUACGACUUCGAUGUGUACAUACACCGCGGUGCUGGUGCAUACGUCUGUGGCGAGGAGACGUCACUAAUCGAGUCUCUGGAAGGCAAACCCGGAAAACCCCGUCUAAAGCCUCCGUUCCCCGCUGCUGUGGGUGUGUUCGGUUGCCCAUCUACUGUCGCCAACGUUGAAACUGUUGCUGUCGCUCCAACGAUCUGCAGAAGAGGAGGUAGCUGGUUCGCCUCUUUUGGCCGAGAACGAAACCAAGGAACCAAGUUGUUCUGUAUUUCCGGCCACGUUAACAACCCCGCGACCGUCGAAGAGGAGAUGAGCAUUCCCCUGCGAGAACUCAUCGAGAAGCACUGCGGUGGCGUCAGGGGUGGUUGGGACAACUUGCUUGCCGUCAUUCCUGGCGGCUCGUCUACUCCUAUCCUCCCUAAGAGCAUAUGUGAUGACCAACUGAUGGACUUCGACGCUCUCAAGGAUAGCCAAUCCGGUCUUGGUACUGCCGCUGUCAUCGUCAUGGACAAGAGUACGGAUGUGGUCCGGGCCAUCUCUCGAUUAAGUCAUUUCUACCGACAUGAGUCCUGCGGACAGUGCACACCCUGCCGUGAGGGUAGCAAGUGGACUGAGCAAAUCAUGACCCGUUUCGAGAAGGGAAUGGGUCGCGAGCGGGAGAUUGAUAUGUUGCAGGAGUUGACGAAACAAGUUGAAGGACACACUAUUUGUGCUCUUGGUGAGGCGUUUGCCUGGCCCAUUCAGGGUCUUAUCCGUCACUUCAGACCCGAGCUAGAGGCUAGGAUGCAGAAGUAUGCGGCGGAACACGGCGGUGCACAAGCUCUAGCUGGCGGAUGGGAUCCUAAUGCCCGAGCAGAGGGCAAGCUGAUUGCCCCCGGACAAUAGACCUGAGCGGGUUGCCCAUUAUACUAUACUACUAGAUGGCGUAACUGGAAGGGUUAGAGAAACACUCAGCCACGUUGUACAUCAUAAAUACUCGUCACUUUGUACAUAUCCGCACAGAGGCAGCACUCAAUUCCUAGACAUUGCUAGGUACCUACUUACUAGUGACACCAACCCUCUAUCCAAUAAUUCAAAAAGAAAUCAUCC